AUGUCUAUUGGAUUGUGCGCCAAUGCUAACAGAACACAUAAACUGCCUCCUAUACUUAUUCAUAAAUACAAAAGUCAGCGAGCAUUGAAAAACUCAAAUGAACUACCACCCAGUGUCAGGCAGUAUCAGUUGGAAAAUGGAGUAGUAGGAAAAGUCAUAUUACUUGUUGACAAUUGUUCCAGUCGCAAAGACAUGGAACCAGAAGAAAUGUUCGAAAUUAUGUACCUACCUCCAAAUACUACAUCUCUCAUUCAAACAACGGACCAGAGUGUUAUUGCAAAAUUCAAAACAUUGUACCGACACCAAAUUCUACGUCGUAUUUUGCAAUACGAAAAGGGAAUUGAAGAGUUCUACAAAUCAUUCAAUACAAAAGACUGUACAGAUCUAGUUAAUAAAUCCUGGAUGGAUAUUACUCCAAUAAAUAUAUAUAAUAGCUGGAGCAAAAUUCUACCAAGAGAUAACAAGGACGAGGAUGAAACAAAUCCAAAUAUUUUAAAUAUUUCUAUUCACUCUUCUAUCUUACAAUUAGAAGCUUUGAGGCAUAGCGAAGAUAUUAAUAAAAAUGAUGCGGACGAAGAUAUGCACGAAGAAAGAGGAGAGGAGGAAGAAAAGGAAGAAUCCGAGACAGAAUAUGAAGAAGAAGAACAAGACACGGUGUCUAGAGUAAUAUCAAGUGGCGAUUAUAAUACUAUUGAUGAAUUAAUUACUGUUCUAAAAUCACGUUUUGCACCGUUAGAUACUUCAUAUCAGUUAUACGGAAAUCUUUCUAAAAUGGCACAAAUGCCAAACGAAGCAGUUGUAGGUUAUAGUAGCCGCGUUUCUAGCCUCCCGUUACAAAUUAAAAAUUGCAAUGAAAUAGAACAGCCAAAGCUAGCGCAACAAUACAAUAAGACCACCGAGACUAACGCAGUUAGGACAUUUCUAACAGGUUUAAGACCAGAAAUUUAUGGUAGGCUACGAAGUCAUGAAUAUAUGAGCCGUUUAUUUUGA